UUUUAAAACAGCCAGGGAGCACAACUUUCCUGUUCCGCCCACUUAGAGUUGAGCGCAGCGGCGAGCGGGAUUCCGGGGAAGCUCUUACAUCAGCUGCUCCCGCGGUCUCGUGGCGCGCAGAAGGAUGGUGUUUGAGGCGCUUGCAGGAGCAGCAUGGAAACUGGCCCGAGUGCCCACAGGACGCGGGAACCCGGCCGCGAUCCUCUGCUUCUUCCUCGCGGUCCUGGUCUUGCUGCUGCAGCUGGCAGAACCUCUCCCUGUGGCCAGUGCUGGCACUCACUCUCUUUUCUAUGAAUUCAUCAUCAAUCCUAAGCCCCUGCCUGGACAGCAAGAGUGCAAAAUCCAAGGUCAGCUGGAUCAGAAGAUCUUUCUUUCCUAUGACUAUGUUGGUGCCAAGGCCAUAUCAAUGGGUGUCCUUGGAGGGAAGCUAAAUAGUACCAAGUCCUGGAAUUACCAGUUAGAAACACUGCAGGAUGUGGCCACAGAGUUCAAACAGCAAGUGUGGGACAUUAAACUAGAGGACUGUGCAUCCACAGAUCCCCAUUUCUUCAUGGCCAGGAUGACCUGUCUUCAGAAAGCUGAUGGAAACAUCGUCGGGUUCUGGGACUUUGGAUGCAAUGGAAAAGUUUUUCUCCAUUUUCACUCAAACAAUAAAACAUGGGAAGACCUCCUUACUGGAUCCAGGUGCAUGAAGAAGUUGAAGAAUGUGGAGCUGAGUGAGUUGUUAUACAGGACAUCACUGUACGACUGUGGAAGUUGGUUAAAGGAAUACCUGGAGCCUUCAGAGGAAAAUCUCCAGACCACAGCACCACCCACCACUGGGGCUGCAACUCCACCCACUUCAAAGGCCACCAGGCUGAGCCACAGGGCCCUGCUGCUGAUCCUACCCUGCUCAUUGAUUCUUUUGAAUGUUGUCUGAUUGUAUAAAGAAUUCAAUUGUUUUAGUCUGUCUUUCAACAUUAUCCUCUGACAGUCAAAUAAUGACAUUCAUUGUGAAACAAACACCUUAAUUAGUCUGGGAUUUUGUUUUAUGCUUGAUGUGGUACAUAAUUUUAUGUGUCUCCCUGAAUGCCUGAUAAGUGACAAAACAUCAUUUCUAAUGUGUUUGGAAGAGAGUUCUUGGAAGACACUCUCAUUCAAAUGACCAGACUGAAAGACAGCACUGCAGUACAUCAAGAGACCACAGUGCCUUCCUGGGAAGCAGCACAAGCUGCAGCUGUGCCAAGGGGAGACUAAGUCAGUGUCUCCAGUGAGCAUGCUGAGAACCAAAAGUCUGUUGUACACCCCCCACUCCCUGCUGGCAAGUGGAUAGUUUUGAUGACAGCGUGAGUUGAUAGCAACAAAGGUACAUAAACCAACUAAAUGCUUGUACUGCUGAUUAGGUUGAUUAUGCUAACCUGGGGCCAGAGGUCUGAGCAUCUCUUGGAAGGAUGAUAUUAUGCAAUAUAGCAAAUGUGGGGAAUCUGCUGUCGUGGCUUUGAAGGCCAGUAUUGUUUUCACUCUUUUGCUUUGUUCUGAUUAAUUGUUUUGCUCUAGUCAAUAUUCUGCUUUGAUUGCUUUCAUUGUGUUCUUUCCAUGGUUUGGUUUUACUAUACCUGACUGAAUGGACAACUAUUGUGAAGAUAACAAGAUUUGCUAUGGGAGCUGUUCUUGCUAACCUGGUAUCCUGCUCUGAAGUUCUGUACUAAUUUCACUGCAUUGUCUUGAUUGGUUUUGUUCUCUCUUGUUUUGUUAUAAUUAACUACCUUCAAAAUAAGAUGAAAAAAAAAAAGAAAGAAGCUGGGGACAAAAUCCAUCUUGCAAAGAUGCAUCCCCAAUCAUUCACUUCCUCCAGCUAGGCUCCACCUCUCUCCCCAUCAUAGGUACAUUUCACACAUGUCUUGCCAGUUUGCACUCUGGCAGGAAUAUUUCCCCCAAGAUCUGAGGAUGGAACAUCUCCAUGGCAAAGAAUGCUGGGCUCAGCAUCACUUCAGCAAAAAAUCUGGAAAAAUAACAUGCACUUAAGCUCUUUGCAUUAUAAUAUCAUAGUUGUAAUCAAUGUAUUUCCUGUGAGAAUAAACUACAGGACAGUCAUCUGGAAAAAUGGGCCCAGGCUCCUAUUUUGCAAUGUUGGUAAAGUUAGGAGGCCAAUAUAAAGAGGUAUGUGGGAUGGAACCAGUCGUGAAAUCCGAACUGGAGAUGACACCUGCAUAAUAUUUGACUAGUUGAGUGAGUUCCCAGGUUUUAUGGGUGUAAAGCACUGAGGACUUGAGACACCUACUGUAAAUGCUCCUUUCAUGUUCAGCAUCAUAAUCAUCAGUCCGUCCUCAUGAAACACUCAGUAACUCUCCUAAAUGAAGGAAAACACUUGAAAGGGGAGGGAAAUAAAAGAGCCUUGCCAUCCUCACAGAGAUCUCCUUACCAUGUACCAGUGUGCCACUUUCAGCUCUAGAUCCGUGCUUCCCUAGCCCCAGCAAUGAACACUGUUCCUCCUGACCAGUGCUUUGUCAGCAGAGAAGACCACCAGCCAGCCAUGGGGGAAUGUGGGAAUAUGCUCCCCAAGUCUUGCCUCACAAACACAUUACCUCCUGCACUUUUCUUCCCUGGAAGGGAUUUUAUUCCUGACACCUCACCACAUAGAGUUUCCUAGAUUCUACAAAGAGCUACUGACCUCUUAGCUGCAGCUGAGGGGCAUUUCUUCAGAUGUGGGGUCCAGACAAAUGCUGAUUCUCUCCUGUUUCCAUUCCAGUACCCACCCAUCACCUCAGCAGGAUUUGAAUCCACUAAAUGGCCACACUGCUGAGCUGCUGAUUAUCUUCUCAUGUAUGAUUUUUCUCUUUUUUAAAAAAAUUAAAUUAUGUGAAAAAAUGUUUAAGGCUGGGGAUUAGCUCAGCAACAUAAGUGUUUGCCUGGCAAGUACAAGGUCCUGAGUUUCAUCUACUGUAAAAGAAAAAAGAAAACAUGUUUUCAAUCAUUGGUCAUUGGAGAAAUUCAAGUUGAAACAACACUGAGGUUGCAUCUCAACCCAGAAAGAAUGCCCAGGAUUAAGAAACAACCAAUAACAAAUGCUGGAGAGGCUGUGGAGAAAAGAAUUCUGCACUGCUGGUGGCAGUGUGGACUGGUACAGCCACUGUGGAAAUCAGUGUGGAGAUUCCUCACAAAGCUGGGAUUGGAAGUCCCAUUUGUUCCAGCUAUCCCACUUCUGGAUAUAUUUCCAGAAGAACUGAAAACAUCAUAUAACAGUGGUAUAUGCGCACCCAUUUUAUAGCAGCACAAUUUGUAAUAGCCAAAUCUUGGAAACAACCCAAAUGCUCAUCAACCGAAGAAUGGAUAAAAAGGAUGUGGUAUUUUUAUGUAAUAGAGUACUACCCAGCUCUAAAGAAGGAUCACAUUGAGGCUUUUAUAGGGGAAUGGAUAGGACUUCAGAUUAUACUUAUUAGUAAAAUAAAUCAACUCAUAUAUGUAAAUACCAUGCUGUCUCCAUGAUGUAAGAAACUGAAAGAAUGAAUAAGAUCCAAAAUCUUCUCUAAAUAUUGUGAAAGGAUAAGAAACUGCUCAAAGGGGAAAAAUAACUGGGACAGUGAAAAGGAGGAAAGAAGGAAGAGAAAAGAAAAAUGAUGUCAAUUUCUAUAUAAACCCUUAACUAAGAUGAUUGUAUUAUUCUAUUGGUUCUAGGAACAAAACAGUUAACAUUCAUAGCAUUAGAUCAAUUUUGCAUGAGUAUAUCUGGGAAUCUGAGUAACAUUUUGAAGACAGCGGUGCAAAAUAACAACCUUUGUUAAGUUCCUACCACCUCAUUUUCAAAGCCUAUAUUGUUAGUGCUGGGUUUUUUAUUAUCGUUGUUUGUCUCUUUGGUUUCUUGUUUUUCAUGUAUUUUAUUUUGUUUUGUUUUUCCCCUUUAAAACAAAAAAGAAAUUAUUUUUAUUGUCUUUUCCAAUAACUUAGUCUCUUCUGACAUUUAAAUAAAGAU